AGCCCGGAAGCGCCGAGCGGCGGUGCGGGCGCGAUGGCGGGCAGGAGGCCGCGGCUGCCGCUGUUCCUGCUGCUCCUUCUGCUGCUCCUUCUGCUGCCUCGGCCGCCCGCCACCGCGGCCCUGCGGCUGCUGCUGGACGCCGCGCCGCCCUUCAGCUGCUCGCAGCCGAAUUUAAAUUGUCUCGUAAGAAAAAGCACCUGCAUGGAGUCGAGCUGGCUGAAGGCUCCUGCAUGGACUCCUUCUGCUCCAAGCAGUCUCCACGUCUCUUCAGAUGUUUUCCGUCRGGAGGAUGGAAAACUGUUCCCUGUGCUUCAGAUAGAGUGGAAAGUGGCCACGGAUGCCAGCAUCCGCAGUCUGGAAGGGGCAGAGCUCGCCGUGAUGCAAGUGAGCAGCAAUCAGCAGCUUUGUGCCCAGUUUGACUUCCAGAACAAUUUGCCUCUUCAGGUCCGUCCGGAUGGAGGCCGGUGGAAUUUCACUUUUGACCGUUUUGAAGUGGAACCUGGCCUGACUUACCAGGUGACUGUGUAUCACCUGCCCAAACUGGGGGUAAAUGGAGACUACAAUUGCAAGUCCACGUCUCUCACAGUGCCUGACUGCAGAGAUUCUCUGAUGAGAAGAACCAUCCCAUGUAUAGAGACAGGCCGCUUGUGGGAACCCAGGAUCCAGGGUGAAAGUCUUGAUGACACAACUCUGCUCGUGAGCUUCAACCCAUGGACGGAGCCAGCCCGAUACCAAAUUCAUGUGGCCAGUUACCUGAAUGAGAAGAAGUGUAAAAUGAUCACCCAUGAUUUCACUGAGUAUGGACUACAGGAGCAAGUGAAUGUCACAAUCAAAAURGAGAAGAACAUAAAAGCUUGCUGCAGCUACAAAAUACAGAUUCAACCAUUCUUUGCGAAUUGUGGCACAGACUGUCUGAGACAUUCUGCUUUCAUCCCAUGUGAAGCAGUUCCAAGUACAGAACCAUCGGAUGAUAUGAUGAUAUGGCUCUACUGGUGUAUCACUGGGAUCUCUGUGUUACUGGUGGGGUCAGUCAUAGCAGCUAUGCUGUGUAUGACUAAAAAACAAGCAGGACACCGACGAGGGAAAUGUAACCACAACAGUUUGCAAGCUGCACCAUAUACCGAGCUCUCCCUGCCACCCCUGAAGCCCCAGAAGGUUUGGAUUGUGUACUCUGCUGAUCACCUGCUCUACGUGGAUGUGGUGCUGAGGUUUGCUGAGUUUCUGAUGACGGUCUGUGGCACUGCUGUGGCCUUGGAUCUGCUAGAGGACCACCAGAUCUCGGAGYUGGGGCCACUACCCUGGCUCACACGGCAGAAGAAGGAAAUGGAGGACUUGUCUUCAAAGAUCAUCAUCUUGUGUUCUCGGGGCACCCAGGCCAAAUGGCAGGCCAUGCUUGGCAGUGAGCCGGUGUGUCUCAAGCAAGAUCAGCAAAAGCCARUGGGAGACCUGUUCACCCCAGCUUUGAAUCUGAUCCUGCCAGAUUUCAAGAAGCCAGCCUGUUUUGGAAUGUACAUAGUCUGCUACUUCGAGGGAAUAAGUAGCGAGAGAGAUAUACCUGAUCUGUUCAAUGUCACAUCCCGGUACCAGCUGAUGGACAAAUUUGAAGAUAUUUAUUUUCGGAUUCAGGAUUUGGAGAAGUUUGAACCUGGGCGGAUCCAUCGAAUCCAGGAAAUCACAGCCGAAAAUUACAUCGAUACCCUCAGUGGGAGGAAGUUGAAAGAGGCCAUAGAGAAGUUCAAGAACUGGCAGACUGAGCACCCAGACUGGUUUGAGAGCGAAACCAUCUGCUUGGACAGUGAUGAAGAGUUGCAUUCCCUAAACAGAGAGAGCCAGGCAGAUUCACUGCUGGGUGAGCCGGGGGGAAUUGUGAAACACCAGCUGCACCUACGUGAGCCUGACCCCAGCUGCUGUUACGCCAUCGACCUCCACAUGCAUGAAGGGGAAAGUACAGGCUGCAAACUGCAGCCUCAACUUAAUSCGUGUGGGAAUCCAGCUUCUCAGACUGUAGUCCUUCCUAUGGAUGGGGCUCCAGGAGUUCAGGUGGUGGAACCAGUCUCUUCCACUGAAGAUAGAAAUAUACUCAGUCAUCAUGUGCUGAGUAAUGAGGACUGCAUGGAAGGAGYUCCUCUUCUGGAGAAAAGCUUUCCAAUGAGGAAUAACAUCAUUUUUCACAAUGACUCUGAGGUUUCAGCAGUAGCUGACCAGAGUCCUGCAAACCUCUCAGAUGACCUGAGUGACCAUCUGAAUGGACUCAUGUACCCUCUUUAUCAACAGAGUGUCAUUCCUUCAGAACUUCGUCUCUGCCAAGGGGAGGCUGACAAGCAGCACCAGCUGGUCUAUGAUGACCAAUGCAAAGACCAAAGACAGUCYGUGCAGUCAGACCAGGGCUACAUCUCCAGAUGUUCUCCUCUGCCUCCUGAGGAYCUUCUAGAGGAGGAGGAGGAAGAGGAGGAGGAUGAUCAGGAAAAACAGGUGGGCUUCCAUGARCUCUCUCCAGAGGUCCUCAACAGUCUAAAGAGCCUCCAGAAGCAGCUGUUUUUCCAGGACAUUCAGAGGAGCUCUAACUGGAGCUAUCCAGCUGAGGUGAUGGACAUUGACCAGUCUUUGGAGGACUGUUAAGUUCUGCCUGGGACCUGCUCUGUUUGAAACACAGGGAUGGAACGUGGUCCCAUGCAGAGUACUGAGRUUGCAUUUCCAACACCAUUUUUGUCCUUGUAUUGUAAAAGACUUAGUGAUGGGUUCUUCCUGUGUGCUGCUGGGAUGCAGCACUGCCCAGUAGACUUGGAAAGUUGCCUCCAGUCUCUGUGGAGAGAAGCCACUAAUAUCAGCCACCCCUGUGAAAGAACAGGCAGUGGUUCUGUUCCCUGGAGAAGGGCAUUACAUUGAAUCCUCAGUGAUGAUGGCAGAAAAAUUAUAAUGGCUCAUCCACUCGUGCCUUCAAAAUGCCCUCCAGCUGUACUGAUUCUAUUGCACUGGUUAAAAGUUGUAGGCAGGGUUUAGAAAACAGGUUUAGAUAACAUGGUAAGAUUGSCAUUGCUGUUUUCAUGCACAUUUUAAACAUUUUGUUGUAAAUACCUUGUUMAAGAUGUGUUCCUUAAAUUAGAUUAGGGCUGUCUCUACCUGUUUCAUACAUGUGCCUGGAGAUUUUUUUUUCACCACUCAUCCAUUCAUUUGCAGCUGCCUUUCUGUGGUCAUUCAGAAAUCAAGUGGAGUAACUGAGAAUAAGUGAGAUUAAUUUUUUAAUUGUCUCCAUAACUCUCCCUGCCUCCCUACUGAGAGGUAUGUGCCUGAGAACCAGCAGCAGCAGGGUGGGGGAAGAGGACACCAAAAAGUUGAAUUUGGGUUUGUUACACAGUUUUAAGAAAUGUGGGGCUGAAUACAGAAUUGGGGAAACUUGGUGUAUUCUGUGACACACUGCUGCAGUGCUGUUUGCUUUUGGACAUCUURGCUCCAGGAAGAUGUGAACUAAAAAUACAGAUAGUGACACACAAGGAAAUGGAAGACAAUUUUGGAGGAGAAAAAAAUGUAGCUUCAGCAGAUGUUGUUUUAGAGUAGAGAUUAUAUCUGACUUAGGGGAGUCUGARCAGAAAUAGUCAGACUGAGACGUACUUGUGUGGAUUUAAGCUCAAGCAUAGGUAGCUCAGGUUAACCACAGUAAAAUACUGAAUGGACUAAGGGGUUCAUCUUCCAGGAGCAGUCAUGGUAACUAUCAAUUCCUGUAGUUUUUAAAAAUAGUCUGGAUGCACUAGAAAAAGCUGUUCCCUGCAAGUGAUGGCAUGUUGGCCUUUGUAGCACUGACUGGGUACCAGACUAGUUGAGGUUGGCAUUUACCCUGUUUAUUAUCACUGUUUCUGCAGCUCACUGGAUAACAACCUGUGAGGUGUAAAUAUAUCCAGGCCUUCCUCCCUUGUCUUCAGACAAGCUUGUCAUCUUCCUGUCCGUCUAAAUUUACUUGUCAAAAAAUCUUACAAUUUUAUCUCAGCUUUUUUUAAAUCUGAUGUCUCCGAAAAGAAUCUGUUCUUUGGACUUGCAAUUUAUUUUGUAUUGAGUAUAUUUUAUAAUUUUAUUUCUGUCUAACUGUGGGGUUUCUCCUUAAAUUAAAAACCAAGAAUACAUUUUGGAUGUAUCUUCUUCAACACUUCUGUGUCCUCAAUUCUGACUAACUCCUUUCAGUAAGUUCUUAAUAUUUGUUGUAGAAAUCUAAGGCAAAACUGAGUCAGAACUGAAGUGGCUCACAAAUGUCAGAACAGUCCUGCAAGGCAAAGUAUGGAGAUGAGCUGGAUAGAGUUGAGGGACUGCACCCAUGRGAAGUGCAUAUCCCUUCCAGGUGUYAAAGGAAUUGUAAUUUCCAUGCAGGACUGCUCCACGAGGCAGGAUUCUWAAAACAGCCUGACAAUAAAGGGCCAGUCCCUGCGGAGAUCCAGACUUAAGACUGGGAGCCUUCCUGCUCCAACAGGAAUCCAAUCUAACCCAACAGGAGCUAAGCAAGAGGCAGCUGUGAUYUCAGUGCUUCUCCAGUGAGAACCCAUUUCCCAGUUUAUGUGAAUAAUUGCCAUCUUGAUGAUCCCACUUCUAAAAGUUUCUUUUAUCUUACAGCAAUUAGCAUGUGAUUUUUUUUUCCCAUGAGUCUUUUUCAAGUGGUAUAAAUUCCUAUAAAUCACUUAAAUAGGAAGCUCAGAAGUGUCAUCUGAAUUUCCUUGCCUUAGUCAUUCCCUUCUCAAAUAACUCCCUUGGUAUUACAGCUCUUGGAAUUUGCUUUCACUUACAAAA